CUCGCCGUCCCCUCGCCACCCCUCCCCGGGGACUCGCGCUGCCGCCGCGCCUCGCCCCUUCCCCUCCCACCGCUGCGUCCCGCUGGAUCGCGAAGCCCCGGAGGCCCCCCACCCCCACCCCCGUGUAAAACGCCAUCAUGUCGAUGCAAAGCUUUACCAUCAAUGACGUGAAGGUCUACCACGUCACCUCGGGCAAGUCCAUCCCCGAGUGGAUUGCCAUCCAGAAGCAGCGCUCGCUGCGCAAUGACCAGGACUUCCGGAACCGCGUGGACCUGCUGCAGGAUUUCGAGUUCCCCACCUCGGCGGCUCGGCUGAAGUACACCCCGGACGGAUCGCACCUGUUCGCCAUCGGCGUGUACAAGCCGCGCCUGCGCUCGUACGACCUCGGCCAGCUGAGUAUGCGCUUUGAGCGGCACAUGGACUGCGAGGCCACCCAGUUCCAGUUCCUGUCCGACGAUUGGACCAAGCUGGCCAUCAUGCAGGCCGACCGGACCAUCGAGCUCCACUCGCAGGGCGGUCUGUACUACCGCACCCGCGUGCCGCGGUUUGCCCGCGACAUGACCUACCACCGCGGCACGUGCGAUCUGCUGAUUGUCGGUGACAGCAGCGAUGUCUGGCGCCUGAACCUCGAUCAGGGGCGCUUCCUCAAGUCCUUCGAGACCAGCUGCAAGGCCAUCAACGUCUCCAAGCUCAACCCCGUGCACAACCUUGCCGCCUUCGGCUCGGAGGAUGGCACCGUGGAGUUUUGGGACUCGCGCCAGCGCGAGGCCGUCGGGUCGCUGGCCGUGGCCGGCGAUGUUCUCCGGCGCUUCCCCGAUGUGGAGGCCCUGCCCGAGAUCACGGCCCUGCGCUUUGGCAAUGACGGUCUCACCUAUGCGGUGGGCACCUCCUCCGGGCAUGCGCUGCUCUACGAUCUGCGCAUGAGCUCGCCCUCCAUGGCGCGCGACCACCAGUAUGGCUUCCCGGUGACCGACAUCAAGUUCCAUGCCAGCGGCAACAUCGUCUCCUCCGACAAGAAGUCCAUCCGUGUGUGGAACAAGGACACCGGCAAGGCCUUCUGCUCCAUCGAGCCCACCUCCGACAUCAAUGACGUCUGCCUGGACGGCCACAGCGGCCUGAUCCUCACGGCGCAGGAGGAGCCACGCAUGCACGCGUACUAUGUGCCGGAGCUGGGCCCCGCGCCGCGCUGGUGCGCCUUCCUGGACAACAUCACCGAGGAGCUGGAGGAGACCAAGCAGACCACGGUCUACGACGAUUACAAGUUCGUCACCGAGUCGACGCUGGCCCAGUUGGGGCUGGAGCACCUGGUCGGCACGCCGAUGCUGCGCGCCUACAUGCACGGGUACUUCAUGGACGCGCGGCUGUACAGCCGCGCCAUGGCCGUGGCCAACCCCUUCGCCUACGAGGAGUACCGGGCCAAGCAGAUCCAGGAGAAGAUCGAGAAGGACCGCGAGUCGCGCAUCUCCCUGCAGCGUAAGCUGCCAAAGGUCAACCGGGCCCUGGCCGAGUCGCUGCUCAUCGAGCAGGAGGAGCAGGCGGCCAAGCGCAAGCGCCGCGGUCUGCCGGUCGAGGGCGAGGACCAGGAGGCCUCGGCCGAUCAGGACGCCGCCUCGGCCAACCCCCUCAAGGACAGCCGCUUCGCGCGCAUGUUCCAGGACGAGGCCUUCGAGAUCGACACCGCCUCCGAGGAGUACAAGCUCCUGCAUCCGGAGCGCCGGCUCCGGUCUUCGGCCCUGGAGGACAAGUUCCAGCGUGUGGCCGGGGACUCCUCGGACGACGAGCCCUCGGGCCGGCGGGCCUCUGCCGGUGCUAGCAGCCUGACGGCCGACAUGUUUGGCUCCGAUGAUGAUGAUGGUGCCGACAGUGACGAGGACAUGUCGACCUUCCUGCGGCGGCGCCAGGCCCGGCAUGAGGCCCGCGCGCGUGGCCUGCCCACUGGCAGCCUGAGUGACGACGAGGAUGCCGGGGGAUCUGCCGGCGGCAAGUCCACCGGCCCGCGCAUGUAUGCCCUCAAGUCCGGCAUGACCCAGCGCGAUGUUCACCAGGCGGCCACCACCUCGCAGAGUGCCCUGCGCCAGCAGGAUAUCACCCGGCGCCGGGCUCUCGGUGAUCGGGUCAGUGCGGCCGGCGAUGCGUCGGCCGACUCGGUGCGCGCCGCCGUCGGCGGCAUGGAGGCCCGCUUCGAUACGGACACCCGCCGGGAGGGCGGCUCCGGGGGUGGUGGUCGCGGCCGCGGUGGCCGCGGCGGUGGCCGUGGCGCCGGCGCCGGUGCUCGCAGCAACAAGUUCUUCUCCAGCCGGCCCUCGGCCGGGAAGCACGGUGCCGAGGGUGGUGCCUCGGCGGACGGGCACCGCCGGCGGAAGUUCAUCGAGCCGGGUGCCCGCGGCGGCGGUCGCGGCGGCGGUCGCGGCGGCGGUCGCGGUGGUGGCGGUCGCUUCUGA